AUGAAGUGGGAUUGCCCUAAGCGCCAGGAUGAUUUUCGACGAGGCUGGGCGCGAAGUUCGAUUUUCGAAGAACCUCGGCGAAUCGAAGAUGCGGUGCCCAAGGGUCGUGAUGUUCGCACCGAAGUGGCCUGCGGCGCUGUCGUGACGCGUGAAGAAGUGCCUCCAAGCCGUCAAGAAUUUGACCUGCCGAACAUGUCUAUGGACGACAUAUUUUCGUUCCCUGAUGACAGCGACAUGCUGUCCUACUCGCCCGCCUUGGCUGUGGCCACGACAUCCACUCCUCGUGUCGAGACGAUGGCGGCAUACAUGCGUGACCUAUCCGUAAAGAUGGACCAGUGGUUGCGGUCACCACAUGACCGGUGA